AUGCCCAAAGGCCCCAUCUCCUCCCCACCGCUGCAACCGAAGAAGGUGCACGGGGUCGUCGACGACGACGCCCCAAUCGACGACUACGAGAACGCCGUGCACGAGCGCGAGCACGAGGAGAAGCACAGACUAGCCGAUGAGCCGAAUGUUGCGGCUGCGCGACGCGCGAAUAAGCCCCCUGUUGCGAAUUCCGAGACGGAGAGGCAUCGUGGAGGGACGGGGAGUGUGCAUCGGUCGAAGUGA